AUGCCCCAGUUGUUCACAGAGAGGCGGAGUUUUUUGUGGUUUGACUCUGAGCUACAUCCAUCUUACCGCACUUCUGCAUUUCUCACAGACGGCUGGAACAUGUGUAACAUCACUUUGAGACAAAAUGGGACAGAAACAAGGAACCCCACUUACGCUGUGGUGUUUGGAUCUGUAAUAGCGGUGGGUCUGCCUCUGAACGCUGUGGCAUUGUGGAUUCUGGUACGAUGCCACAGCCUCAAGUCGCCAAGUGUGGUUUUUAUGGUCAACCUGGUGGUGUCAGACCUGCUGCUGGUCAUCUCUUUACCCAUGAGGGUCUACUUCUACGCCACUGGCUCCUGGCCUUCAAGCAACUUUGCGUGCAUUUUUACGACGAUGCUUUUCAGGAACAACAUCCGCUCCAGCGCCUUCUUCAUCACCUUCAUCUGCGUGGACCGGCUGCUGGCUGUGGUUUACCCUCUGAGGUCUCGCCAUGUUCGUACCUCAUCUAAUGCCUGGAGAGCUGCUGCGUUUGUUUGGCUGCUUGUGCUUGUAAUGAACAUCCCAGAGAGCGUGAUCUUUUCACGGUUCUUGAACAGCUACCCUGAACCCUCAUGCUUUGAAUUUCAGUGUCCCCAAAGAUCAGCGCUGCAUUUUAUCCAGCCUGUGUUGGUGUUGAGCAUGCUGACAGUCAACAUUGUCUGCACUGCUCUGGUCUCUUUGACUUUACAAAGACACCUGAAUGACUCGGCGAGGGUCAACAACAAGGUGAAUGUCAUGUUGAUCUUUGUCAUGAACUUGAUCAUGUUCAUGGUGUUUUUCUUGCCGGUAACAUUGGGAAUUCUCAUUCAAAGCUGGAGACCUUUUCUCACACCUCUUGUAUGUGUGGCCAGUGUAAACUGCUGUCUGGACCCUCUGCUGUAUUACUUCUCUUUUGAUGGUUUCUGGAGGAGAAAAGAGGAUGUGGACUCCUCUCUUGGGAGAGACUAA